AUGCUUGAGGAAGGAGAAACUAAGGAACCAGCCAUGAAUCCCUUCCAGAAAAAUGAUUCCAAAGAAACUCUUUUUUUACCUGUUUCUACUGAAGAAGUACUCCUUCAGCAUACCAGCAUUCCAAAGAAGCAACCUCCGAAAAUCUGUGGCUCCAAUUAUCCACUGAGCAUUGCCUUUAUUGUAGUGAAUGAAUUCUGUGAGCGCUUUUCCUAUUAUGGCAUGAAAGCUGUGUUGACCCUGUAUUUCCUUUAUUUUCUGCACUGGAAUGAAGACACCUCCACAUCUGUUUACCAUGCAUUCAGCAGUCUCUGUUAUUUCACUCCCAUCCUAGGAGCAGCUAUUGCUGAUUCAUGGUUGGGGAAAUACAAGACAAUAAUCUACCUUUCCUUGGUAUAUGUACUUGGCCAUGUGAUCAAGUCCUUGGGUGCCAUACCAAUACUGGGAGGACAUAUGGUACACACAGUUCUAUCAUUGGUUGGUCUGAUUCUGAUAGCUUUGGGAACAGGGGGUAUUAAACCCUGUGUUGCAGCCUUUGGUGGAGACCAGUUUGAAGAACAGCAUGCAGAAGAACGAACUAAAUACUUCUCAGUCUUCUAUCUAUCCAUCAAUGCAGGAAGCUUGAUUUCUACGUUUAUCACACCCAUGCUGAGAGGAGAUGUGCAAUGUUUUGGGGAAGAUUGCUAUGCAUUGGCGUUUGGUGUCCCAGGAUUGCUUAUGGUGCUAGCUCUUGUUGUGUUUGCAAUGGGAAGCAAACUAUACAAAAAACCACCUCCUGAAGGAAACAUAGUGACUCAAGUUAUCAAAUGUAUCUCGUUUGCUAUUUCCAACCGAUAUAAGAACCGUUCAGGAGACAUUUCAAAACGACAGCAUUGGCUGGACUGGGCAGCUGAGAAAUACCCACAACAACUCAUUAUGGAUGUAAAAGCACUGACCAGAGUACUAUUCCUUUAUAUUCCAUUACCCAUGUUCUGGGCCCUUUUGGAUCAACAGGGCUCACGAUGGACCUUGCAAGCCACCAGAAUGAAUGGAAAUUUGGGUCUUUUUGUUCUUCAACCUGACCAAAUGCAGGUAUUAAAUCCCUUUCUGGUUCUUAUCUUCAUCCCACUGUUUGACCUUGUCAUUUAUCGUCUGAUUUCCAAGUGUGGAAUUAAUUUCUCAUCACUUAGGAAAAUGGCUGUUGGUAUGAUACUGGCAUGUCUGGCAUUUGCAGUCGCAGCAGCUGUAGAGAUAAAAAUUAAUGAAAUGGCCUCUCCCCGGGCAGGUCCACAAGAGGUUUUCCUACAAGUCUUAAAUCUGGCAGAUGAUGAAGUGAAAGUGAAAGUUCUGGGAGAUAAAAACAAUUCUCUGUUGUCAGAGUCCAUCAAAUCCUUUCAGAAAAUGUCACCCUAUUCCAAACUUCAUCUGAAAACAAAAGGCCAGAUAUUCCAUUUCCAACUGGAAUACCAUAAUUCAUCUAUCAGCACUGAACAUUCUGUGGAAGAGAAGAACUGGUACAGUCUGAUAAUUCGAGAAAGUGGAAAAAAUAUUUCUACCAUGAUGGUGAAGAAUGCAGAAAAUGAAACAAUGAAUGGGAUGACAGCUGUGAGGUUUAUUAACUCUUUGCAUAAAAAAAUUCAUAUCUCCCUGGAUGAAGAUACCUCUCUCAGUAUUGAAGAAGACUAUGGUGUAUCUGAAUACAGAUUUGUACAAGGAGGAGAAUACCCUGUAGUACUCUGUAGAACAGAAGAUAAGAACUUUUCAUUGGAUUUGGGUCUUCUAGACUCUGGUGCUGCUUAUCUGUUUAUUAUUACUAAUAGAACCAGUGAAGGUCCUCAGGCCUGGAAGAUGGAAGAUAUACCCACCAACAAAAUGUCUAUUUUAUGGCAGCUACCACAAUAUGCCUUGGUUACAGCUGCAGAGGUCAUGUUUUCAGUCACAGGUCUUGAAUUUUCUUAUUCUCAGGCUCCUACCAGUAUGAAAUCUGUUCUUCAGGCAGCCUGGUUAUUGACAGUUGCAGUUGGGAAUAUCAUUGUUCUUGUUGUGGCACAGUUCAGUGGCCUGGUACAGUGGGCUGAAUUCAUUUUGUUUUCCUGCCUCCUUCUGGUGGUCUGCCUGAUCUUCUCUAUCAUGGGCUACUACUAUGUUCCUGUGAAGUCAGAAGAUAUUCAGGGAGCAGCAAGUAAUCAGAUCUCUCAUACCAAAGGCGAUGCAAUCAACCUGGAAACCAAGAAAACAAAAUUCUAAUGGCUUCAUGGAAAUUCCCUGAUAACAAUUCCUGACUCUGGUCUGGCCAUCAGCCAUCUGAAAGACUUUUUCUAAUUGAUUAAGAUACUAAAGUAGUAACAUAGCUGAAUUGAUCCCCUCUACAUUUUUUUCCAGUUAUAAAGGCAGUUCUAGGACUUGUUUUUUCAGUACAUUAAAUAAUAAAGUUUCUGAGAUUCUGUCUUCCAAUUUCUCUGUGAAUUUGGUAAGGCUUGUUUAUUGCUGCUGAAACCCAUUUUAUGUUAUCAAAUGACCAUGAAAAACAAACUUGGGAUAUAUGUUCGGGGUGUAUAUAGACUUGGGAUAAAUUCUUCCAAGUAUGCAAAGUUUAUAAUGCAAAUUACUUUAAAUGCCUUAUUAUCUCACUUUUGAGGUCUGGUUUUCAGGGCAAAAUUUCAGAUUUGCCAAAAGCUGAUAUUUAUGUUCUGUUCACAAAGAUAAAUAAUUAAUAUGUCUCUUGUGAUGUUAACUCAGGUGCUGGUUUUCCAGAUGUCCAGAUUUAAAAAGAUCUUAGUAAAAUGUUAUGUCCUGGUACUAGGUGACAGAUAACAUUUUACUAACAGGAGAAUAUAUACCUCUUUUGAUAAUUUUAGUAUAUAAUCUAUAAACCCUAACAUCUUAUUUUUAGUACGUAUUAAUACAGCUACAUAAACCAAAAGAAGAUUAAACAUUGGUUAACAUGGUUCUAAAAAAACCAGAACAGAUAUAGAUUAUAAAAAUUGUGAUGUGCCAUUCUUCUGCUGUGCAUCUUCUUUGCACUACAUACAGCAUUUCUGCCUAGAUUAUACGUAUUAUGGAAAAUUGUAAAACCUAAUUAUAAUAUUAAUAUUAUAUAUUUUCAAUGUUGUUAGCCAACUUUGUCAUAAACUCUAUUAUGUCUUAAUUGAAAUAAAUAUUUAAUAACAAGAAUAUCUUUAUGAAUACAGCAUAUUUUUAUUAUUAUAAUCUUCAAAAUCAAA